AUGCGAGAUUGCCAGCUCUUUCCAGCUCCACCUGCCACACACCAUCCCAGCUCUUCCAGCUCUUGCCCAAGGCAAGAUAGCCAGCUCUUUCCAGCUCCACCUGCCACACACCAUCCCAGCUCUUCCAGCUCUGGCCCAAGGCAAGAUAGCCAGCUCCCCCAGCUCCACCAGCCACACACUAUCCCAGCCCUUCCAGCUCUUGCCCAAGGCAAGAUUACCAGCUCUUCCAGCUCCACCUGCCACACACCAUCCCAGAUCUUCCAGCUCUUGCCCAAGGUUUCAUCCAAGAAAUAA